AUGAGGGAGAUGAGUCCUCUCCUCCACUCUCUCCUCAACCAUCCAGGUAUUGUGCGUCUUGAACAGAAUAACAACACCCUCGUUGAAAUGGGCAUCUACCAGGACGGUCCAUUUGAGACCGGCGACGAGCGGGAGCUGAGGGCCGAUCUGGUACCUGUUCCUCCCACCAGCUAUCUGGGCUUCUCCCUGGACUCCAGCAUGGCCCUGGUGGUGAAGGGCAGGCUGACGGUGGUGGCGGGCGCACCAAGGGCCAAUCACAGCGGGGCGGUGGUGCUGAUGACGAUAGAUAAUGACUCCAGCAUGCGGGAGGAGUUCACCCUGCAGGGGCAAGGCCUGGCCUCCUCCUUCGGCUACGACCUGGCCGUGCUGGACCUCAACCAAGACGGUUGGCAUGACAUCGUUGUGGGGGCCCCGCAGUACUUUGAGAAGGACGGGAAGAUAGGGGGCGCGGUCUACGUCUAUGUCAACAAGGCCGGGGCAUGGGACACAGUCACCGCCCUCCGGAUCGACGGGCCUCAGGACUCCAUGUUUGGACUGUCUGUGGAGAACCUGGGCGACAUCAAUCAGGACAAUUACCCCGACUUUGCAGUCGGGGCCCCCUACGAUGACGAGGGUGCGGGGGUGGUCUACAUCUACCACGGCUCAGAGGACGGCAUCAGCUCCAAGAAGCAUUCCCAGAUGUUGAAGGGCAGGCCGUUGAGUAGCAGGCAUUUCGGCUACUCUCUGGCGGGGAACAUGGACCUGGACCGGAACACCUACCCCGACCUGGCCGUGGGCUCCCUCUCCGACUCGGUGUUUGUCUUCAGGGCCCGCCCAGUUGUUGACAUCAUCAAGAAAAUCACCAUCACCCCCCCCGAGCUGGACCUCACCAAGAAGAACUGCGGCGACAAGAUCUGUCUAACAGUGUCCGGCUGCUUCAGCUACGUCGCCAGCGCUGCGAACUACAAUCCUCCACUGAGUGUGCGCUACAAACUGGUGGUGGAGGAUCAGCGUAAGAAGGCGGGCCUACCCUCCAGGGUGGUCAUCACCCAGGCGUCGUCCUCUGGCAGCAACUACGAGAUCAGUGGCCUCCUCAAGCUGACCAAGCAGAAUCAGCAGUCCUGUCUGGAAUGGAAACUCACCUUGCAGGACGACAUUCGGGACAAGCUGCGCGGCAUCCCAAUCGAAGUGUUCGUGGACAUCCAGGACAGCGCGCGGCGCCGGAGACAGGCCUCUGGGGCCGAGCUAAAGCCCGUCCUGGACGCCGACAAGCCCAAAAGCAUCCGCUCAGAGGUGAGCUUCCUGAAGGAGGGCUGUGGAGCAGACAACGUGUGCCAGAGUAAAAUGGUGGUAGGGUAUCGCUUCUGCAGAAAGAAACCCAACCAAGACGUCUUUGAACCACUACACCUCGACAGCUCUGGGGUGCCAGUGUUGUCCCUCAGCAACGAGAAGGAGAUUGCCUUGGAGGUCACGGUGACCAACGUCGAGGGCGACGAUGCCUACGAGGCCUCUAUCAACGCCACCUUCCCCAACGCCCUGUCCUACUCCUCCUACCGCGUCCUGUCUAAAGACAUCCAGCUGGUGACCUGCAAGGCCAAUAAGGAUGGCUCUAUGGCAGAAUGUGAACUUGGGAACCCCUUCAAACGAGACGCUAAGGCGACCUUCUACAUCAUUCUGAGCACAGCAGGCAUCUCUCUGAACACCACCGAGUUGGAGAUCGAUCUUACACUUGACACGACGAGUGAUCAGAAAGAAAAGAAGCCUAUCAAGGCAAGGGCAAAAGUGGUGAUUGAGCUACUUUUGUCUUUAUCAGGGCAGGCCCAGCCCUCCCAGUUGUACUAUACGGGGAAGGUUGUAGGAGAGAGCGCCAUGAAGACAGAGAGCGACAUCGGCAGUGCUAUCAAAUACAUUUUCAGGAUCAUCAACUUGGGGAAGCCCCUGAACAACAUCGGCUCUGCCAGCCUGGUGGUCAGAUGGCCCAAGGAGAACGCACACGGGAAGUGGCUGCUGUACCUCAUGGGCAUCAGCUCUGACGGGUUAGACAAGGUCAACUGCUCCCCUGCGGGAGAGAUCAACCCUAAAGGCGUCAAAAAGGAGCCAUCUACCAACCGGAAGCGACGAGCCAUUGGGGACAAAAGCAUAAAAGAAGGUUCCACUUCUCAGCUAACAGACGUUAGGAAAUCUGAGACUUUGUCCUGUGGUAGUGGGGCGUCGUGUGUGGAGUUUCAGUGCCCCCUUCUGGGACUGGACAGUAAUGCAGCCCUCAUGUUCCAUGCUCGUCUGUGGAACGGCACUUUGAUUGAGGAGUACUCCAAGUUGAACUAUCUGGAUAUCGUAGUGAAAGCUUCUCUAAAAGUGGUCAUCGCCGGACAGGAAAUGGCUCUGAAGAACUCAGAAACACAGGUGAAGGUGACGGUGUUCCCGGAGAGGCGUGGGUACCAGACCGGCGGUCUGCCCUGGUGGAUCAUCCUGGUGGCCAUCCUGCUGGGCCUGCUGCUGCUGGCCCUGCUCAUCUUCCUCCUGUGGAAGUGUGGCUUUUUUAAACGUACCAAGCACGAAGACACGGUUCCCAGUUACAACGCCGUGCGGAUCAAAAGGGGGGUGAGGGACGGCAGAGCCGGACAGCAGGACCACUGGGAGAACCCGGAGAAGAAGCCCUGGAUCAGGAGCUGGAAGGACAACCAGCAUCACUCCUAACCUCCGGCGCUCGCUCAGAGACCAGCUCGCCUCCUGUUUGUUGCUUUUUUUUUUUCCCUCGUACUGUCCUCUGUCCUGCCUCCACACGUACGGCGAUGCACAUACUGAGAAUGAAAAGAAAAGGACUUGCUAUGUACUUGAUCUGGGUUUCUUGGAGGCUGACCUCGAUUGAGGUCACUGAUGUCCAUCACUGGAAUGAUAUACGAUAGGGCUACUCUGCACAACUACGGUCUCUCACAGCCUGGGGAGGGGGCGCGGCUUGUUUUGUACAUUCUAUACAUUGUGUUGCCGAGUGACAUGUGUGGGUCGGGGGGUUAAAGGUGUUUGUAUAUUUUUCGGAAUGUUUUGCAGAUUUUUUUCUAUUUAUUUUUCUUUACAUUCCAUAGGCCACAAGGGGAAAGCAGGACUCUUUCCAAAUUAAUGACAGAGAUCCGUGAAUGUCCUUUUCUCAAAUGCAGUCGAUUUCAAGUGAUUGCUUUUCAAACAGUAUACCCAUGUUCUCUUAUCCCUUGAUCCCGGCCCACCCUUUAUUUUGUACCAUGGAUACAUUGCAACUACUCAUUGUAAAUUACCACUCCAAACUUAACAAAUGGGUAUAACCUUUUGUUUCCUGGCUCCAUGAACUGGUGUAAAAAGCUGCCAUUUAUGUAACUUUUUGAAAUAAAUGUUUUAUAAUAAU